AGCUGUACCAGGUGUCUUUCAAUCUCACCAAGUACAUCGUGCCUCAAGAGUAUGGCCUGACCAAAGAAGAGAAGGCCCAGAUCGGCCGCAAGAUAGCAGGCGAACUAGUGCGAAAGAUUAUGGUAGAUCUCGCCAUCGCCAGUGAGUCAUACGACAGCUCUGGGUAUUUAGGCAAACUGGAAACCGUGCACCGACUGGAUAAGAGGUUUGCCAAGGAGAGUGGGGAUGAAGGCAUCGUUUCCGAGACGGUCGAGGAGCAACUGGGCAAGAUUCCGGAAUUGAAUUAUCUGUCGCAAAUCGUGAUGAUGCUAUUCGAAAACUAUAACAAACCUGUGAAGGACCCCGAGCGCUUCAUGGUGAAAAUGCUAUUUAGUCCUGGUGUCAAACACGUGAAGUAUCCAAGAACGCCUGGGGAUGAGAGCACACUGAGCGAGACGGAGCCUUUCAUAUCACUUCUAAAUGAGGAGAUGACGCUGAUGGAUGUGGAGAUGUUCUUGAAUAAGAUUAUCGAGAAACUUUCCGAAGACGAGUUGCUGGGAGAAAGCGACUAAUGCAGUGGCCAGCAAUGUAUAUGACGAGCUAUGUCUAUUUAUAGUUUAUCAAUGUAUAUGACGAGCUAGUCUAUUUAUAGUUGAGCUAUGUAUAUGACUGAGCUAGUCUAUUUAUAGUUUAGCUAUAUAUAUGACGAGCUAGUCUAUUUAUAGUUUAGCUAUGGCAGGGGGCUCUGCGUCCUCGUAGCAGGGGUUAUAGUGGAACUGUAAUUUGUUAUUAAAAGUAUGAAUUCUAUUGAUGCGAUCGACUGGAGCUUUCGAUACAUUUCAACAAAGGCGUAUGACGAGAGAGGAGAACUAUCAUGGUUUAGUGUCGGGCCCUGUACGAUGGACUACGUGCAGCUUCCAAUAGUAUUCUCAGUCCUUGCUGGUGUGAUGGGGCUCUAAGAACUGGGCCCUAUUGUGCCCUCCAUCGACCCCAAUUGUGCAGAAGCUUUAGCACAAAGGCCUGUCUCAGAUUCUUAAAAAUCAAUUGCGACACCGCUCGAUAGCUAUGCCUUAGAGCUGGACAUAGCUUACAACAACUGUGAGAGGUCUGUUCGUAUACAGCCCGUUGUUGAACUUGGGACUGGGUUGAAAAUCGGGACAUUUGGAGAUUGUGGAAGGACCGUCUCUUAACAAAUGUACUGCGAAUGAGUUCGUGGCACAGUUGAAGCGCGGCUUUCGUACUGUAUGAGAUUAUGCGCAUACUAGAGGAAUGGUAUUGGGACGGCAAACUGCACUGUAUUGUCAGUAGACUCUCAGAAGGGAGAAGGUGCACCACAAGCUGCAUAUUCACUUAUAAAAUCAUGUACUGUGCCCAUACACGGUGAUCGC